GACGGGAGGCGGAGCCCUCGGACUGCAGGGGGUAGCGGGGGAGCGCUUCGGAGAGGCCCUAGAGUCAGCGAUGGAGAGGAGGCGGCGGGAGGGGAGCGGGGCAACCGGGCCCAAGCGGGAGGAGCCCGCCUGACCAGCUUUAGUUCUGGCUGAGGAUUGGUUUGGAAGGAAGCUGGGGGUGGGGGAGAUCGUAGUGACUGGUCCUCCCAAAUAUACAACGCCCCCCCUCCACCCCCCUCCGCCCGGAACGGAGACAUGCGGGCCCUCGCCCGGGCCAACAAGAGAGCCCUGACGACGGGACGAUGACUGCAGGGAGCCCCGGAGCCCGCGGGGAGGCACAGAGCCCAGGGUCCCCUGGUCUGCCCUCGGCCCCAGCCCGAGCCUUCCGCCGCCUGGGCCGCCGGCGGCGCCUGGGCCGCCGCCGCUGCUCCCAGCCCGAACUGCUGGGGCUCCGGGCUCGGCUGCGGCUGCGCUCGCCGUCGGGGGCCUUCGCGGCGCUAGGGGCGUUCGUGGUGCUGGUGGGCAUGGCUGUGGCCGUGGCGGGUUACUGGCCCCACCGUGCGGGGACGCCGGGGUCCCGGGCGACCAACACCACGGCGCCGGCAGAGAUACGACGGUCGGGCCGUCUCUCGGGCCCCUCGGAGAAGCUGAGGCUCCUGGGACCCGUGGUCAUGGGCGUGGGCCUUUUCAUCUUCAUCUGCGCCAACACGCUACUCUACGAAAAUCGAGACUUGGAGACCCGACGGCUCCGCCAAGGAGCACUGCGGGCACAGGCACUGCGACCCCCCGACAGUCCUGCCUGGGACGGCGGCUCCAGGACUGCCUUACCGCCGGGGGGAGCCUGGCAGCCCGAGAGAAGAGACUUUUCGCCCCUUCGGGGCGCAUCCCCCGUCCCGUCCGUGCGGAGCUUGCGUUCGGAGCCCCCGAGCCUCCGCCCAGCCCUGCCCGCGCCGCCGCUCACCCGGUGGUCGCUGAGGGCUCCGGGGCCGCGGGGAGAGCCCUCCCCACCCUGGAGCCCCCGGGGCAGGCUGGGACACGUAGUCAUCGCCGUGCAGCCGCAGGUUCUCGCAGCGCACUCCAAAUCGCUGGACUUGGGCCGAGGAGGGGUGCUCCUGGGAACCCCGCCCGGCCGCGAUCGCGCCCAUCGCAGCUGGCCCCGCCUGGACCUGCUCAGCCUGGGAGGUUAUACCAAAUUGGACGGCGGCGGGGACUUGGGGGCCCGGGUCUGAGGAGCUCCAAGUGCAUACUUCUACAAGACUGCGGUGUGUGCACGGCGCGGUGGGAGCGGGACCGAGGUGUCCGCACGCCAUCACAGAGCAUCUUCCAGACA